AUGGCACCACACACCGUCCGAUGGGGUAUCCUGGCUACCGGCUGGAUCGCGAGCACAUUCGUCCGCGACCUCCUCCUCGACCCCGCAGCCCGCAACGCCGCCGAUGUCUCCCACAAAGUCCUCGCAGUAGCCUCAUCCUCAUCAAAAGACAAAGCUACAAAGUUCAUCUCAGACCUCAACAUCCCUUCCCCAUGCGCUGCAUACUCCUCCUACGAGGAACUGGUCGCCGACCCCAACAUCGACGUCGUCUACGUCGCAACCCCACACUCACACCAUUAUCAAAACGUCAUGCUAGCCCUGAACGCCGGCAAAAACGUCCUCUGUGAGAAGGCAUUUACCGUCAACGCGGCCCAGACAAAGAUCUUGAUCGAAACUGCCCAAAAGAAGAAUCUCUUCCUUAUGGAGGCUGUUUGGACUCGCUAUUUCCCGAUCAGCGUGCAGAUUCGGGAGAGCAUUAAGGCUGGUGAGAUUGGUGAGGUGCUUCGCACUGUCGCUGAUACCAGUUUCAGUGAUGAUGUUGAGGCUAGAUGGGGUACGGAACAUCGUAUGGUUAAUCCUGAUUUGGCUGGUGGUGCUCUUUUGGAUUUGGGCAUCUACUCCCUAACCUGGGUCUUCCAAACCCUCUACCACACCCUCCCGAAAGAACAACGCAAACCACCAACCGUCCUCUCCCAAAUCACACCAUACCACCUAACAGGCGCAGACGAAGCAACAACAAUCCUACUAAACUUCCCAACCAGCACGCCCACCAACAGCGCCCACCCGCACCAAUCGCACGGCGUCGCAAUGACCAAUAUUCGCGUCGCGGGUGACCCCGAUGAAGAGGGGACCACUGGUGCGAAUAUUCGCAUUCAGGGAACUCUGGGCGAGAUUCAGGUUUUUGGAAAUCCGUUCCGACCAGUGCGGUAUCGUGUUAUUCCUAAGAAGGGCUCUGGGAAGGGUGAGGUUCGUGAUGUUGUGUGCGAGUUUCCGGCUGGUGGGCAUGGGAUGUAUUGGGAGGCUGAUGAGGUUGCUCGUUGUUUGAGGGAUGGAAAGCUUGAGAGUGAGGGGAUGUCUUGGGAUGAGAGUAUUGCUAUUAUGGAGGUUAUGGAUGAAGUUAGGAGGCAGGGUGGUCUGAGUUAUCCGGAGAAGAUUGAGUCUGUUGAGUAUCCGUUGCAGUUGUGA